AUGGGUUGUUUCCUUGGGUGCUUUGGUGGUGCAAAGGAUUCUCAACGCCGCAAACAGAGGGUUAAACGGGGCAGCCCUAGAAACCAAAGAGACAGGGGUCGGAAUGUUCAGCAACUGCAGGGUGUAAUAUAUGCAGAACAGAGCACUACGGAAAUUCCCCAUAAGGAAAUACCCGCCACUAACUCGGUUUCAGAGUUGCGAGAUAAGCCUGAGGAAGAGGAGCAAUUGAUCCCGAGCCCAAGAAAAAGAGUUACAUUUGAUACAAAAGUCACAACAUUCACCCAUGUUUCCAUCUAUGAAAGCACUGAUUCUCUACUAGAGAACAAUAGAUCCGUUGAGAAAGAGGGGGAGGAAUAUUUAGAAAGGGCUCGACCACCCCAAUCGCAUUUACUCUCUGAAAAUGACAGUUCUGUGGCAUCCAGCGUGGGAUUGUAUCCUCCGAAUCAUAGGUACCAUAAUGUUGUGGAUGGUAACAAUGAAACCGAGGAGUAUGGUGACAGUGACUUGGAUAAUAUAUACGAGAUGGACGAUCAAGAUGAUCCUGAUUACUAUAAUGAAGAUGACGGAAUUGGUUGCCAAGAAGUAUGGUCAGAGUCAGUUUUAACUGCAUCUAUGGAGUCAAGGACAGAAGAUCUUUCAGCUCGAGUUAUCAACGAGGAAGUAGAGAGUCCUUUGAUAAGGGUUGGACAGCCCGAGAGGAAAGUGGAGGUGUCUGGACCAAAAACAAAUUCAAGAGAUAGAAGUGACUAUGUCAAUUCCGUGUUGAACCCUGUUGAGAACACUACUCAGUGGAAAGCUGUGAAAUCGAAAGGGAUGCAGCCUUUGAAUCCACAAAAGGAGAACUUGAUUGAUGACCUCGAAGCACCCCACAUUUCUUUCAGUAGUUUAGAACCGACUUUUAAGCAAUCUUCACAUAGUUUGAAGCCAAAAUUGGAUCAGUCGAAGAAUGCAAACAAAGAGAUAGCCGUUGAUUCUAGUCUUUCGAGCUGGUUGGUUUCGCCUGAUAUCACUCCUGCAAAGAAGAAUAGUUAUAGUGAUCUUGAGACCACUACGCCUGAAAAGAACAUGCCACUAGGGUCGACUUCACCGAGGAGCUAUGAUGAUCGACCAAUUCUAGGUGCAUUGACAGUCGAGGAGCUGAAACAGAUGUCGGCAUCUUCCUCCCCGAGGAAAUCUCCUGGUCGAAACCCUGAUGAGAUGCCUAUUAUAGGUACAGUCGGGACCUACUGGAAUAAUUCGGGUUCAGCUAACCAUUCUGACUCGGUCUCUUCUUACAAAGGCAUACCGAAUACAACCAGCAAGUACAGAGAGGACAAGAGAGUGAAUUGGCAUUCAACUCCAUUCGAGGUGAGAUUGGAGAAAGCUCUCGACCGAGGUGCUGCAGAAGCCUAA